AAUUAGACCGGGCGUCGAAGAAACUCAAUAUGAAUUGCGCAUAAAGAACCCGCCUACCGGUCCAAGGUGAGGCCAGCAUGUUGGUAGUGCCUUUGAUAAGAGAGUGACUGCUGUGCUGUGAUGCUUGUUUGUUUACUGACCGACCAUUUUCUACCCAUACCUGGACCACCUGAACUAUCUAGUCUAACCAUCUAAUCCUCCACCAACCCCAGUUUCUAAACUUUGAUUCCUCAACUACAUACUUACAUUUACUUUCAAAAUGGCCACUCCUCCGAUUCCCGCCAACCGUCUCAAGCAGAUCGCCACCGAUGCCUGCAACAGCGCCAUCGGCAAUGCUGAGUUCUACGACCACGCUAAGACCGAGCAAUGGAACUCGACAAUCAUUAGCUCCGUGCUGAAGGCUGUCAUCUCCGAGUCGACCCCCGAAGGUGCUUCCGCUCCUUCAUUCAAGUUUGCCUGCAACAGCACCAUCGUGCAGCACCUCGUCCCAACAUCCGCUCUGAACAAGCCCCGUGGCGGCACCGAGACACAGGCUCAGGAGCCUCACAUCUCCACCAGCUCCGAAGCUACCGCUACCGACGGCAAGCCUCACGUCGGCCGACGAGGAAUGCACAGCGCUACCGGUGCCUACUGGGACGAGAAGAAGGACGGCAUGUGGACCUUCAAGUACGACGGCGGCGAGGGCAAGGGCCUGGACGUUGUUGUCAUGCUCAUCUGGGUUGCCAUUUGAGCUGCAAACAAAAAGAUGAGCACUCGGGGACUUUCACCCUGUUCUGAACCGAGUUAGUUUGCUUCUGACGUGCGCGACCCCUGAUUCAGCUAUGGCGUUGAGGGACUUGGGAAGCGUGACAUUAGGACUACGAAGUGUACGAUCGAGCUUCCGUUUAAGCUAUCUGCCGACGACUUGGGUGUUAUUGCAGACCUUGGAUGUACAAAAUGCGCUGGACUUGAUAAUAUUCUACAAUGCCAGACGGUUGGAGCCAGCCUCGAUUCUUCUGUUCAUGAUGCCGCUCGCUUGGUAACGUUGAGGCUGAAGUAACAUGCCUGGGAAAACAUAGAGAUUAUGUAUAAAUUUUUGACCCU